AUGGGCGGCAAAGAUGGUUACAGUUUGGAUCUGGCCGGUUUGGACAAUGGCCAGUUCUAUAUUAUACAUGUCCCAGCAUUAACAUGUAUAUUUUUGAGCUUUAUAUCAGCUAUUUGUGUAAUAGUAGUAUCAUUCAAGAAAAAGAGCUACAAAACAUUUUUCUCAUGGUCAAGAAGCGAAAGAUUCGUAGUUUAUAUGGCGAUUUGCGACUGUCUGUUUAACGUUGCUCAUACGAUGGAUCACAUGCAUAUUGCUAUUACAAAGGAUCACCCGCAUCCAAAAGGUAUCUGUAUCUUUUAUGGGUUCAUGCUUGCCGUGUUUAUAACAGCACAAACUUUAAUGGUCAACAUCGUAGCCAUCAACGCCUUUAUGUUGAUCUUUUUUCGCAAGCAGAUUAAUUUUGGGAAAAAUGACUGGAGACUUUUAACAUACAUAUUUGCAGUUCCGACAGUUGGAGGAAUUAUCGGGAUAGCUCUUGAUCAGAUGGGACCAAAUGGCUCUUUCUGCUAUUUUGAUGGUGUGAAUGGAAAGCAGAUGGGUGUGUUCUUUACAACUGUUCCAUUACUGGCUGUAUUGUUCCUCAACAGUGUGUUCUAUGGGCUGACGUAUUUUCGUAUUCACCAAGAAGGUAAACGUCUAAAAGAUACCGUUGGCGAAAAUGCAGCGUCUGUUAAAGGGGCACACAAAGCGGCGAAAACCAUGUCGCUGUUCGUAACAGCUUUCUUCAUUCAAUGGUGGGCCAUGGCAAUAUAUGGAGCAUGGCAAUUGGUCGAGGAUGUUCCACAGUUGCUAUUUCAGGCUGUCACAACCUUCUCUAAUCUUGGUGGUGUUCUAAAUGGAAUUGUCUUUAUUAUCAUUAAGAAGAGACAGAACACAACAGAACAAGAAUCCAAAUCAGUGACGCAAACAACAAAAGCCUGA